CCCGCACCCAGCAGUGCGUGUGUGUGGUGUCGGGAGGCUGGCAUCCUUGUGUGGGAAAGCUGGGUCUGUCACCUGGAAGCAAGAUGACGAAGGGAACGUCAUCCUUUGGUAAGCGUCGCAACAAGACGCACACGCUGUGCCGCCGCUGUGGCUCCAAGGCCUACCACCUUCAGAAGUCGACUUGUGGCAAGUGUGGCUACCCUGCCAAGCGCAAGAGGAAGUAUAACUGGAGUGCCAAGGCUAAGAGACGAAACACUACCGGGACUGGUCGGAUGAGGCACCUAAAGAUUGUCUACCGCAGAUUCAGACAUGGAUUCCGUGAGGGAACAACACCGAAACCCAAGAGGGCAGCUGUCGCAGCAUCCAGUUCUUCUUAAGGAUUUCAAUCAGUCAUAAAAUAAAUGUUCUGCUUUCAAAAAAAAAAAAAAUUAAUCCUCUGUGAUGGCCAGCAGUUAACAUUCAACAGUUUCUCUCUAGGCUCUUGAUUCUCUGACUAUUGUAGGGAUUCGAUCAGCACUCGCAUACCAGAAGUGUGAGAUGGUCCGUCCUUUUUCAAGACAAGAUUUCUCUGUGUAGCCCUGGCUGUCCUGGAACCCACUCUGUAGACCAGGCUGGCCUUGAAUUUACAGAGAUCCCCUUGCCUCCGCUUGCUGAGUGCUAGGAUUAAAGGCAUGCGCACUAUG